UAAACCAGAACAAGGAACCCAUAGAAAUGGGUCUUCUUCUUCUAUCCCAUUUCAUGCAAGCACUUGCAUUAUUAACUCUCCUUCUAUCUUCCAACUACAUAUUUCCUAUUUCAAAAUCUACUGCUCUAAGCUUAGAGACAGACAAGGAUGCCUUAAUCUUGUUCAAGUCUCAACUAAGCUCACUGUCUUCAAAUUCUCUGUCUUCAUGGAACCAAAACUCCUCUCCAUGCAGUUGGACAGGAGUUUCUUGCGACAGAUUUGGCCAAAGAGUGAUUAGUCUAAACCUACCCAACUUUGGCCUCGUUGGCUCCAUUAGCCCUUACAUAGGCAAUCUCUCUUUUCUUGAAUCCCUUCAGCUUCAAAGCAAUCAACUUACAGGAAAUAUUCCAGAUGAAAUUUCCAAUCUUUUUAACCUUCAAGUAUUAAACAUAAGUUCCAACAGCUUACAAGGCUCAAUACCUUGGAAUAUUAGUAAGUUAACCAAACUCACAAUGUUUGAUUUGUCAAUGAAUGAGAUUACAGGAAAAAUUCCAGAACAACUCUCUUUGCUUACUAGCCUUAAAGUUUUGAACUUGGGGCGAAAUCGUCUUUUUGGUGCAAUUCCAUCAUCAAUAGCAAAUUUUUCUUCAUUAGAAGAUUUGGUUUUAGGCACUAAUUCUUUUAGUGGUAAUAUACCAAUUGAUUUAACCCGUCUUCAAAACUUAAAGGUUCUUGAUUUGACUAUAAAUAAUUUUACUGGUUUGGUUCCUUCCUCUUUCUACAACAUGUCUUCUUUGGUUAAUUUAGCCUUAGCUUCAAAUAAUUUGUGGGGUGAACUUCCAAGUGAUAUUGGUUUUACUCUACCAAAUCUUUUGGUGCUAAAUACUUGUUUUAAUAAAUUUAGUGGAAAAAUUCCUGCUUCUUUGCAUAAUCUUACAAAUAUAAAAGUCAUUAGAAUGGCACAUAAUCUUCAUGAAGGAACAGUUCCACCAGGUUUGGAGAAUCUUCCAUUUCUAGAAAUGUAUAAUAUUGGUUUCAAUAGAAUUGUUAGCUCAGGAGAUGUUGGUCUUGGAUUUGUCAAUUCUUUAGUAAAUAGUACCUAUUUAAAAUUCCUAGCUGUUGAUGGAAAUCUUUUGCAGGGUGUGAUUCCAGAAUCUAUUGGGAACCUUUCCAAGGAUUUGAUGAAAUUGUAUAUGGGAGGGAAUUUUAUUUAUGGUACUAUACCAGCUUCAAUUAGUAGUCUUAAUAGCUUGACUUUGUUAAAUUUGAGCUACAAUUCUAUCACUGGUGAAAUCCCGCCUGAAAUUGGUCAAUUAGAGAAUCUUCAAAUGUUGGGAUUGGCUGGAAAUGAAAUUACAGCAAGAAUUCCAGAUUCUCUUGGGAAUCUACGCAAGUUAAACCAAAUUGAUCUAUCAGGAAAUGAGUUAAUGGGUCAAAUUCCUGCAACUUUUGGCAAUUUUCAAAGUUUGCUUUCUAUGGACUUAUCCAACAACAAACUCAAUGGAACUAUACCUAAAGAAAUUCUCAAUCUUCCAAGUUUAAGUACAAUCUUGAACUUGUCUAACAAUUUCUUGAAUGGGAAUUUGUCAGAGGAAGUUGGAUUUCUCGAAAGUGUUGUUACCAUUGAUCUUUCCAAUAACAAUUUAUCAGGUAAUAUCCCAAACUCAAUCUUAAAUUGCAAAAGUUUGGAAGAACUCAGUAUUUCAAGAAACAAAUUCUCAGGCCCUAUUCCAAGAACUCUUGGAGAAGUGAAAGGGCUAGAAACUCUAGACCUUUCAUACAACAAUCUUUCAGGCUCCAUCCCUAUUGACCUUGAAACACUACAAGGACUUCAAUCCUUAAACCUUGCGUUUAAUGACUUAGAAGGAAUAAUUCCUUGUGGUGGAAUAUUUACAAAUCUCUCUAAAAUCCAAUUACAAGGUAAUCCAAAGCUUUCUUUUCAUUUGGCAUGCGAAAAAGCUCGUGGUCGAGGGAGAAGACUAAUCAAAGUCUAUAUAAUUGUUGCUAUAAUGGCAACAUUAGCUUUGUGCUUUUUUAUUUGUUCUUUAUUCUAUUUAAAGAGAAGAAGCAAAAUGAAAGUCAGUCAUCCUUCAAGCUCCAUAAAGGAGAAGCAUCGGUUGGUUUCAUACCAUGAGCUUCGCCAGGCAACUAAUAACUUCAAUGAGCAAAAUUUGAUUGGAAAAGGUGGGUUUGGAUUAGUGUACAAAGGUUGCCUUGUCGAUGGUUCCAAUGUCGCAGUCAAAGUCAUUGAUAUCACAAAAACCGGAUUUCAGAAAAUCUUUCUAGCUGAAUGUGAGGCUUUAAGAAAUGUAAGGCAUAGGAAUCUUGUUAAGUUGAUCACUUCUUGUUCAAGUGUAGACUUAAAGAACACAGAGUUUCUUGCUCUAGUUUAUGAGUUUCUUGUCAAUGGGAGCCUGCAAGAUUGGAUUCAAGGAAAGAGAAGGAAAGAAGAUGGAGAUGGGCUAAAUGCUGUGGAAAGAUUAAAUGUGGCUAUUGAUGUUGCUAAUGGAAUGGAUUACCUGCAUAAUGACUGUGAAGUUCCUAUCGUACAUUGUGAUUUGAAGCCUAAUAACAUUCUUUUGGAUGAAGACAUGACUGCAAAAAUCGGAGAUUUUGGCCUUGCCAAGUUGCUGAUAGAGAAAAUGGCCGAUCAAACUUCAAUCAGCUCAACUCAUGUCCUUAAAGGUUCCAUAGGGUAUAUACCUCCAGAGUAUGGUCUAGGGGUAAAACCAUCAACAGCUGGAGAUGUAUACAGCUUUGGAGUGAUGUUAUUAGAGUUAUUUACAGGCAAGAGCCCAACAGAUGACAUUUUCAUGGAUGGUCAAAAUCUAGUUGGAUGGGUGGAAUCAGCUUUCCCUGCUAAUGCACUACAAGUGCUAGACCCUGAGCUGAUACCAUUUGCGAACGAUUUUGAGAAUGAUGGAAAAUCUGAAAAAAUACAUGAUUGUUUGAUCACAAUUCUUGGGAUCGGGUUGGCUUGCUGUGCAACUUCUCCUGAUGGUCGCAUCAGUAUUAGAAAUGCUCUUUCGAAGCUCAAUGGUGUUAGAAACCAAAUUCUUUAUCCCUGUCCUACACAAGAAGCCAUGUAUUGGUUGAUUAUGAGCAAUAUGUUUAAUUAAUUCUGUAUCUGUAUGUUGGUUUUAUUACUUCACAUCUGUAUAGGAAAAUUACAUAUAAAUAUAUAUCUGAUGGUUGUUAGGAAAA